AUGGACCAGUCCGGGUGGGAGGGAGGAUUCCUGUGGUUCAAUUUUGGAACGUUAGCUUACAGGACGUGUCCUCCGGAGGUGUGGGUGGUAGCUCCUGACUCCCCUCUGUUCUUUGCUGUGUUCCUACUUCAGUCGGCCUCCCCCCCGCGGCCUCCUCUGACACCCCCUUCUUGGGCUCCCUCCCUCCGGCACCCCCCGGGCUCCCCCGUCCUCCCUUCCUCGUCCCCUCCGCUCACGCCGCCCGCUCUGCCCCGCUCAGACCUCCGCAAGCAGGCGAGGCAGCUGGAGAACGAGCUGGACCUCAAGCUGGUCUCCUUCAGCAAGCUCUGCACCAGCUACAGCGGCGCCCGCGACGGGAGGCGCGACAGCUCUGACACGACUCCUCUCUUAAAUGGAUCGAGCCAGGACAGGAUGUUUGAGACGAUGGCUGUGGAGAUCGAGCAACUGCUGGGAAAGCUUACUGGAAUAAAUGACAAAAUGGCUGAAUAUACAAAUAGUGCAGGAGUCCCAUCCCUGAAUGCUGCACUAAUGCACACGUUACAGCGUCACAGGGAUAUAUUACAGGAUUAUACUCACGAGUUCCACAAAACCAAAGCAAACUUUAUGGCAAUAAGAGAAAGGGAGAAUCUGUUGGGAUCAGUACGGAAAGAUAUAGAAUCAUAUAAAAGUGGAUCUGGUGUGAACAACAGAAGAACAGAGUUAUUCCUGAAGGAACACGAACACCUUCGAAACUCGGAUCGGCUGAUAGAAGAGACAAUAAGCAUUGCCAUGGCAACUAAAGAGAAUAUGACUUCGCAGAGAGGGAUGUUGAAGUCAAUACAAAGCAAAAUGAAUACCUUGGCCAAUCGGUUUCCUGCAGUGAACAGCCUGAUUCAAAGGAUCAACCUUCGGAAACGACGAGAUUCUCUCAUCCUGGGUGGCGUUAUUGGCGUCUGUACCAUCCUAUUGCUGCUGUAUGCUUUCCAUUGAUGGCUGUUCCCCGUGGACUCUGCUAAACCUCAUCACCACCAUCCCUCCCCCCAGUUAAGGAAAAGUGAGUGGGGGAAGAGACAGCCUUGGACAGCCUGCUCUUUAGGGUGGCAGUCUCAGCAUGAUGUCUAGAGUUUACGGUGGUAGACUGCGACACUGGUUCUGGGUUGAAGCUGCAAUGUUUCUCCUUCCCUGCUGUACAUCUUCCUUUGGUUACAUUUUGCAUAGGUGAUUUUUGCAUUUAAUUCCCUUGCUCACCGUGAGGUAAGUGAAUAUGUGGCACUUUUCAGUACCCCUGGAGCAGCUUCCACGCUCGCUGACGAUGGG